UGACUAUGAAUAUUAUUUAUAUGGAUAUAAUGAUAAAUAUCUUAAGUCAAAUUGGAGAUUCAUUGCGACCAUCUUAUACAAUAAGAACAUUGUGGACAUUGUGUGUGGUAAAAAACAUAUUCUUACUUUGACUGCUAAUGGAAUAGUAUACGCUUGGGGAAUGGACAUCUUUGAUUUGACUGACAAUAUAUCAAAACAGCAACAUUCGAGUGACUAUUGCAUACAAAGAAUUCCUAUCUUGGCAACAAUAGUUAAGGUAGCCUGUGAAUUUAAACAUGUGCUAGCACUCACCAAUCAAGGAAAUCUUUAUGUGUGGGGUAAAAACAAUCAUGGACAACUAGGCACUGGCGACAGAGAAGAUAUUUGUAAGCCUCUUUUGUUGAAUACAUCUAAACUGGGAAAGUUGUCAGACAUUGCGGCUUUAAACAUGAAAAAUAUAAGUGUGGCCGUUAACGAAACUGGAUGUUUUUAUGUUUGGGAUGACCAUGAAUAUGCGAACAAAGAAUCGAAUAUAAUAAGAUGUCUGAGAGAUGCUUUUGACGAUCCUUCAACGAGUGAUUUCAAAGUACAAGUGGAAGGACGAGAUAUUCAUGUUCAUAAGGCUAUCCUAAAGAUUCGCAGUUCACAUUUUAGAACCAUGUUUCAAAACAAUUGGCAAGAAAAUACUGAGGAUGUCUUGAAUCUCAAUAUGUUCUCGUACAACGUUUAUAAAGCAUACUUGAAAUACUUGUAUACGGAAAUGAUUGAUAUACCUUCGGAAGAAUUAUUAGAACUCUUACAAUUAGCUGAUAUGUACGAUGAAAUAAAUUUGAAAACAGAUUCCAUUUCGCUGAUACGAAGAAGAGUUACUAUAUCAAAUGUAGCUUUUUUUUAUAAAAAAGCGAUUGAAUGUAAUGAAAAGAGGCUAGAAGAAUUCUGCUUUUCGAUUCUUUUGAGAAAUAUAGAGGAAGUGAUACAAACGGAAAGUUUCGCGGAGUUAGACGCGAAGACGAAAAAUAUUCUUAUAUUAAAAGCAAUCAGAGCUGAUCUUUGUGAAAUGGUAUUGAACCGACACGACUUUAUAUCGUUUUAUGAUCGUCUGAAAAACAUCUCAAAAUCACUCAAACGUGUUCUGGAACUCCCAUGCAUCAUUAUGUCUUAUGAUCGUCUGAAAGACGUCUUCAAAUCACUCAGACAUCUUAGAAAACUGUCAGAGAGACGUACCCAGAUAACAAAUUAUAUGGCUCAGGCAGCAUGAGUAUCACACC